AUGGCGAGGCUGCGGGUGCUGGUGCUGUGGGCGGCCAGCGUCGCGUUCCUGGCCGAGAAAGGCUCUUGUGGUGGCGGCUUCGGAGGUGGAUACGGCGGCGGUGUUGGCUAUGGUGGCGGCGGUAUAGGCGGCUUCGGCGGCGGCGUUGGCGGCUACGGCAUUGGCGGCGGCGUUGGCGGCUACGGCAUUGGCGGCGGCCACGGCAUUGGCGGCGGCCACGGCAUUGGCGGCGGCUAUGGCGUUGGCGGCGGCCACGGCAUUGGCGGCUAUGGUGGAGGCGGCGGCUACGGUCACCCGCCCAUCUCAUAUGCCGCCAUCCCUGUGAUCUCCGAGUACGAAGAGUACGGGGACUUCGAGGACAAGAAGAAGGGCGCCUUUGACAGCAUAAUGAGCAACAUUAAGAAGGGGUUGUCGUACCUGGGGGAGGUGGGGGAAGGGUUCACCAGCAAGGGAAAAGGUGGGGGUUACGGGGGAGGGGAAAGUCACAUUGUUACUAUUCCCGUCCCAACCCCCGUGGCCCCUCCCCACCCGCCCCCUCUGCCGCCCAAGCCUCUGCCCCCCAAGCCUCUGCCCCCUCCUCCCCCAAAAUCACCCCCUCUCAAGAUGCAAGUGCCCAAAUGCGUGCCUCUCACCCACUACGUCACCAACUAUAUCACCGAAGCUCAUCCGGUACCCGUCUAUCACACAGAGUUCGUCGAGAACGUGGUGCCGCAUGUGAUCUAUCAGACCAAGUUCGCGCGGCAACUUGACACCGCUUACGUUACCGACGUCUUGACAGACAGAGUAACCGUCACCUACACCAAGUCUAUCGUCGUCCCCAAGAUUAAAUACGUCACACUGACGGAGACGGAGGUGCUGACCAACAACGUGUACCAGAGCACGGUCGAGGUCAGCUACGAGCCCUACCUGCGGACGGUGGUGCUGACGGACACGGUCACCAAGACCAGAGUGGCUACGGUGCCGGACGUCAGGGUCGAGACUGUGGCCAAGUCCGUCAUCUUGCCGCCCUCCGAGUACGCCACUGUCACAGAGGUCAAGGUGGUACCUUCGGUGGUGUACAAGACGCAGACGGAGUACGUGUCCGUGCCCCAGUACGUGCCCAGGUACGUCACCAGGUACGGCCCCCCGCAGAUCGUCACCAAGACAGAGUACAACCACGCCAUCACCUCAGUCUACGACGGCGCCCCGGUGCCCAUAAUUCAACGGGACCCGGUUAUCGUCACGCAGCAAGUGAAGGAGUACAUCCCGACCCUUGCGACGCACAAUCAGUACAUCACCACCACCGUCUACAAGCAGAAUUACGUGACGAUAAGGCCCAAGUGCCCAGGCGGCUACCCUUAAUUAAAGUGAGCCAGGCAUACCUCAAGGACUCACUCUCCCUCCUCAUCCGUUCGACGCUCAUGUUGUCGCAGAUAUUCUGCAGAUCUACGGCUACUGAGGAAAGGGAGGCUACAUACACCGAUAAACGAUGUAAUAACGUUUACAGAAACGUUGUAAUAACGUUUACAGAAACGUUGUAACAACGUUUACAGAAACGUUGUAAUGACGUUUACAGAAACGUUGUAAUAACGUUUAUAGAGACGUUGUAAUAACGUUUACAGAAACGUGGUAAUACCUUUUACAGAAACGGUGCAAUAACGUUUACAGAAACGUUGCAAUAAUGCUCCCAGAAACGUUGUAAUAGCGUUUACAGAGACGUUGUAAUAACGUUUACAGAGACGUUGUAGUAACGUUUACAGAGACGUUGUAGUAACUUUUACAGAGACGUUGUAAUAACGUUUACAGAGACGUUGUAGUAACGUUUACAGAAACGUUAGGGAGUAUAGUCAUGUGUUUAUGCUCGUUUUCUAUUCUCAAAACAUAUAAAUUCUGCUGAUCCAGCUGACAUUGUUUGCAGUCAUUAGCACCGUCGGCUCACAGGCAUUUGGACCCCGAGUUCGAUUCCUGGGCAUGACGAGACGUUUGAAUAAGCUUUCUUGUACCCGAUCCCUCUAUUCAAUUAGCAAAAAUGGGUAUUCAGGAGAUAGGUAACUGUAGUGGGCUGUAAACUUUAAGUUAGUCUUUCUCCUAAGCCUAAAGAGACCUGGGGCCAGAUUCACGAAAGCACUUACGCAAGUACUUACGAA